GGUGGCCUGACGCCUCCGAUUCGCGCUACGCGUUUUUAGGGGCAUAUCGCAAUUGAAAUUCUAGCGACUGUGCGUUUGCCUUCUGACGCGUUUUUCUCGCUUCGUCAUGCCGCACGUAUUCACCAGCGAGCGCGUGCGCUCGCUGCUACGCGCAAAGCGCCUUGCGUUUCUGGGAUGCUCGAACGUUCGAGCCAUCUACAAGGAUCUCGUCUGUCUGUACCGGAUGAAUUCGCUGAUCCCAAAUGAUUUGCUCAAGCAAAAGAUGGAAGAGAGCUGCCUCGGAGAUUACUUGGUAAAACAUGGAAAGCAGUACAAUGGCCGAGACUACCUGGAAGAGAGGAUAUUCUGUAACGCCCACACGACGAUGUUUUUCUACUUUUUGACGAAGAUCCACAGUGACUACGUCCAGACAGUCUUGCUACGCAUGGCUGAUAUUCCUCCGGACGUUGUCAUCGUCAGCUCAUGCCUCUGGGAUAUUACGAGGUGGGGACCCUGUGGCGUCGACGAGUACAAGGAAAACCUGCACCUGUUUUUCUGGGGACUCAGGUGCGCCCUUCCCCAAAGUUCCGUUGUGAUAUGGCUCACUGCAGCCCCGCUAUCCCAGAGCGUAAACGGUGGAUUUCUCUUGCCCCAGCUGGACUUCCUCAAGUACUCGCUCAGAUUUCACGUCAACGAGGCCAACUACUUCUGCAAAGAGACAGCUGAGAAGUUUGGCUUCGAUGUCAUUGACAUUCACUACCAUCUACGUAUGAUGCUGGAGUACCGAGCUGAAGACGGAAUCCACUGGCGUCCUAUGGCUGUGCGUCUUUGCACCAAUCUGAUCCUAACGCACCUUGCCUUGUCGUGGGGCAAGAAAUUGCCUAAUAGUGACAGCUUCCUCACCGUAAGAGAGAAAAAAUGUGCUGAAGAAAAUGCCAAUAAUGUGCCUGAUGAGGCAGACGCAGUUGACGGCUAUCUUUCUGAUGAAUCGUCACAGAGCAACAUCAUUGGAGGCGAGCUAAUUCCAGAAAAGCACUGGUACAAUGACGUCUUUGGUUAUGAAGAAAUCGCUUUGGAACAGGAAACGGAUCGAGGCAGUCCUAAAUCUGACCUGACAUACAGCGACACCUCUAGCAGUGAUGAGGAAGGCAGUGAAUGCAGUCAUAGAAAUGACCUCGCACUGGGUGACAUCUAUGACACUGAUGAGGAAGAAGAGGAAACUGGUGUUUUCCGUGAUCCAUUAGGGGAAAGCGACGCCAUUGAUAUCAAUGACAUGAUUAUAUUAGAGGUGAUCAGUAGUCUGUGUUUCGCUAACAUUUAG